AUGCCAAACAUGCCCUCGUCCACCGCUUUGAUUCACUACGCCGCCCGCGCGGGCGACCACAACGACCGCGCGAUGGCGGCAACGCCGUACCUCGCCGCCGCGCUCGCCGCCCAUCUCGGUGUCGCGCCGACUACUGUCGGCUCGCCAUCUCCCAGCGAUCCCUCGGGGUGGGACGCCGAGCUGGCCUUCGCUCUUCCGGCCUUCAAGGAGCUCGCCACUGCCCUGGACCGUGCGCUUGACGCAAAGCGGUACCCAGUGACGGCGUGCUCGCGCUGCGCGCCUGCCAUCGCCACGCUCCCUGUCAUCGCGCGUUACCACCCCGAUGUGCUAGCAGUCUGGUUCGACGCGCACGCCGACCUAAACACGCCGGAAAACAGUGAAACCGCCUAUCUCGGCGGUAUGGCGCUUAGCGGCCCACUUGGAAUGUGGGACUCGGGUCUCGGUGCCGGCCUCAAGUCUGCGGUCCUCGUCGGAGCGCGGGAUAUCGAUGCAACAGAGACUCCAGUGAUCGACGGCGAGCGCAUCCGCCUCAUUGCGCCCGGAGCCAACCUCGUCGAGGACCUCAAAAAGGCCGUGGCGGGCCACAAGGUCUACGUCCACCUCGACUGUGACGUGCUCAGCCCUGGUCAAAUGCCUACAGACUACAAGGUUCCCGAUGGGCUCAGCCUGGAGCAGCUCGGCGCGGCCAUCGCUGCCAUCGCGCAGGUGGCUGAGGUUGUCGGUGUUGAGAUAGGAGAGCUGGAGACUGGAGAGACUGAAGAGGAAACGAAGGCCAAAGCGAAGAAGCUGGUGGAAACGGUGUCUCCUUUGCUCGUAGCGCAAUACGGCCAGCAGGCCCAAUGA